GACUGUCAGAGGGAGGCAGCGGUAUUUCUACACAAUGUGGUUUACAGUGGAAAAUGCUGGUGUGUCCCCUCUCUCCUCCAGGCUGGAAAAAGAGCAGCCUUUCUCCCUUCAGUGUGGGACAGGCACCAAGCAGCUCAGGAAGGCUUGAAAGGGCAGAGGACAAGAGUGAAUUUGCCCUGCUCCCUACCCAGACAGGCUAAAGUGAGCGGCAGACAGUGAUGAAAACCAGCAGAAAGUGCCGGGCGCUGAUGGCAGUCUCUUUAAACCUAGUGGCACUGCUUUUCUCUACCACCGCCUUCAUUACCACGUACUGGUGCGAGGGUACUCAGAAAGUGCCCAAACCCAAUUGCAACAAGGAGACCAAAUCCAACUGCAUCAACUUGAACCGCACCGGAGCCGUGAACAGUUCCAAACCCGACCAGGUUCACUACAGCUGGGAUAAGGGCGAUGAUCGGUUUGUCUUCCGUUAUUUCCACACCGGCAUAUGGUACUCCUGUGAAGAAAACCUCAGUGGUAUCGGUGAAAAGUGCCGGAAUUUUAUUGAUCUGGCUCCUGCCUCUGAGAGAAGUGUUCUUUGGUUGUCGGUCAUCUCUGAAGUUUUAUAUAUCGUGCUUUUAGUUGUUGGCUUCAGCCUGAUGUGUCUCGAGCUCUUUCACUCAAGUAAUGUGAUAGACGGCCUCAAACUGAAUGCAUUUGCCGCUGUAUUCACUGUUCUUUCAGGACUGCUCGGAAUGGUGGCUCAUGUGAUGUAUACUCAGGUGUUCCAGGUGACAGUCAGUCUUGGACCCGAGGACUGGAGACCACACUCCUGGGACUACGGCUGGUCGUUCUGUCUCGCAUGGGGAUCAUUUACUUGUUGCAUGGCAGCCUCUGUCACCACGCUGAACUCAUACACGAGAACAGUCAUCGAGUUUCGACACAAAAGGAAACUGUUCGAGCAAAGCCUCAGAGAAGAGCAGAUGUUCAUUGAUCGGGAGGCUAUCAACUAUUUUAGAGAAAGAUCGAUUCAGUCCAUAUCCAGUUCAGUUGAAGUCUUUGCAGAUCCUGCCACGAGCACAACUAAAUCACUUGUGCCAGAUCCAUUGGACUUGAGUGAAAUCCCGGAAGUGUUAGGAGAGGACCAAUGUUAAAGCAGUUUUUAUUGACUUCCAUGCAACUCUGAUGCCUGGGAGGUGCUCACUGUAAACACUUUAAUUCACAUGUACACUGAAUAAGCAGCAAGAUUAGACUGAACUAUCCCUUUUGUCAGUGUACAUCACCCGUGUCAAUGUUUAAACUAUUCGAUCAUUGGGAAACCAUACGACAAUGUCAAUGUGGAUAAUGCUUAGACCUGUCAACAGUUUUUUUUACAAUUUUAAGAGGGAUAUGUUAUUCUAAUGUGAAAUUUAUUUACACCGCUGACAACGAAACCUCUUAAUGUAAAUGCCAAAAUCCAUCAUUCCUAUAAUGCACACCAGUAUUUUUAUUGUUCAUUCAGAAGUAAUCAUCCAACCUUCUAAAUUCUCUUUGUUGAUUUGCUGACUGAUUUGGAAGCACAGGAUUUGGUUUUAUAUUCAGAAUAAUUGAUGAUACUAAUGUACCUUCUAUUUUUUUGUGCAAAAUAAUUAUUCCAGUUGCUUAACCAACCUUUGUAUUUGAUUCAUCUUUUUAGUCAAAUUCCUGAAAAAUAUUGUUCCCAGGUUGCACUUCAACACUGAGAUUGUUGUUUUAUAGCAUUUACCUUAGGACAGAAUGGCCAUGCACAAUUCCUAUAGAAAGUAAGAAGGGUCCAUAAACCUGGGAAAAUAAAAACCAAAAACACCAAGUUCUGAAAAGAAAUAGCCAGAAUACUGUUGGAGGAAUAGGCACUCAUUGGUAAUGUGAGCACAAAUCCAU